AUGUCGAAGAGGAAAGUGUUGUUAAUGGGUAAAAGCGGUGCCGGUAAAACCAGCAUGAGAUCCAUCAUAUUUGCCAAUUACAUUGCACGAGACACAAGCAGAUUGGGGCCGACAAUGGAAGUUGAACAUGCUCACGUCAAGUAAGCAUGAUUCGAUUCUUUCUUCAAUUAAUAUUUUUGUAAUUUUUAGGUUCCUGGGGAAUAUGGUGCUUCAUUUGUGGGACUGCGGAGGCCAGGAAACGUUCAUGGAGAACUAUAUGAGAGCGCAGAGAGACCAGAUUUUCAAGAAUGUCCAAGUCCUCAUCUAUGUGUUUGAUGUGGAAAGUCGGGAAGUGGACAAGGAUUGUCGGAACUAUCAGUCCUGUUUAGAAGCCUUGCUUCAAAAUAGCUCUAAUGCCAGGGUGUUUUGUCUCAUCCACAAAAUGGAUCUAAUCCAAGAAGAAAGUCGAGAGAAAGUGUUUAAGGAGAAGAGUGCUGAUAUUCUGAAGAUCAGCACCGCGGUGGGAUGGGAUCCGAAUGCAUUGGAAUGUUUUAGGUCGUCCAUCUGGGACGAGACGCUGUACAAGGCGUGGUCGGCAAUUGUUUAUCAACUGGUCCCAAAUGUUUCCUCGAUGGAAGCCAAACUCAAAUCCUUUGCCGAGAUUGUCGAUGCUGAUGAAGUGAGUUUACUUUUUCUGUUUCGGUAUUAUAAAAAGUUAAUAUUUUUUAUUUAUAAAAUAUUUUAUGAUUUCAGGUAUUAUUGUUCGAGAAGGCAACGUUUUUGGUGAUUGCGCAGACUCAGAGGACCAGUCAUGAUGACAUCCAUCGAUUCGAGAAGGUCUCUAAUAUCAUAAAACAAUUCAAACUCUCUUGCAGGUUAGUGGAGGGGCUUGCUCGCAUAGUCUAGUGGUAGGGCGCUCGUUUAUCGGGAAAAAAGAGGCGAGUUCGAGGACGAAAGAAAGGCGGGGCCAUUCAAUUGCUUCGUCUCCAUAUGUCCGUCGUAGACUGAAAGAAACGGACUAUUCUCGGGCGGUUACUGUUAUGAUCUCUCGAUGCACAAUCCGCUAACAUUUGUUUUGUCUUGUUUUAUAGAUUUAUUUGGUUUUGUUUCAGCCGAAUGGGCUCUCAGUUUGAUUCGAUCGAAAUACGAAACAAAAACUUCUCGGCGUUUAUCGACAGUUUCACCAACAACACUUAUAUUAUGUUGGUCUUGCCGGACGGAAAUAUAUCUACUACAGCCACCAUGAUCAACAUUCGCAGUGCACGGAAGCUAUUCGACAAACUGGAUUGCAAGUAAAUGGAGAGAACUUGUAAAUUGUAUAUUCAGAUUUCUUUUUUUAACUUACAGGGGAAGUACUUCAAGUGUGACGCUCAGAUUUUCUUUAAAUUUUGCACACACAUCGGGUAUGGACUAAAUAUCAAUUCCUGAAAGUUUUAGCUCGCGCUUUGCGGGCGCCGCCGAGAUAUUGAACGAUUUUUGCCGCCGAGAGAGCACGCUCAACGUGGAGAGCGGUCAGAGAGAAAACCGCUUUUUGGCCAUAACUUUGGCAGUUUCGUGCGGAAAAAUUUGAUUUUUUGUAGAAACAUUAUUCUUUACGGUUGAAAUAGGCAUGAAACUUUUCGUGCCGAAAUUCGGCAAAAAGUCCCAAAUUUUCGCCGACUUUCGACCUAAAAAUCUCGGUUGUUUCUGCAAAGCGCGAGCUAGGAUUCCCGCAUAUAUCUUAGAAAAAAAUAUUCUAAAUUUGUGCCAAGUUUCAUCAAAAUCUGAGCGUCACACUUCAAGUACUUCCCUUGUUAAUAAAUUUUUAAUUGGUUUUAUUUUUAUCUUCGCGUCCAUGGUUAAAUCCGUAAUUACCUUCAAUUGUUGUAAUGCAGCACUGUGUACUAUUAGAUUUGAAUUUUAAUUUAGUUGCUUGGGCAUGGGCCUGAGAUCGGCGUCAGUCCUUUCGGGUUCAGUUCAUAGACCCUUUCAACGUCGAAGUCAUGUUCACGACUCAAAAUCUCGAAAAAUUCGGCCAGGAAACUUCACGUUGGCCUGUUAUUUUUUCGAAUGGAUCUUGAUUUCAAUGAUACUCAUCUCUAAACUGGAUCAUCUUCAACAAUCUUCAGAUGAAUACGUCAUCAUGCUGGAGAGCUAUCUGCCAUCUUUUUGCAUGCAAUCAUUACCCUUUAUUUCUCAUCAUUCAAAUCUCAUAGCGUUAAUUUCAUUUGGUUUUCACAUUUGCGGAGUGAAUAAACGAGUGGUAAGUGUCUAAAUGAGCGCUUCAGAAUGAUUGUAAACUUUCAGACUAGAAUCACAUUCCCUGAGAUCUUGGCCUUCGGUGGAUGGCUUCUUCUCCUUCCCAUCUCCGUAUUCUUUUCAAUCGCCGACACCAUUCUCCUUGAAUUCAUGCUUAGUUGUUUUCUCUUCCCAUUGAUCACAUUCAAUUUGAUCACGAAACGGAAAAGACUCCACAAGAAGAAGCCGAACUCCAUAAACAGUGCAUUCUCGGUGGCCUCGACUCCAGCAUCUCAAUGCAGCUCAGCUUUCCUUUCCAAUUCAAGACUCUCGACGAUGAAUGGGAGCCAGAUUAAUAUUUCCAACGAUAAUAUCUUCAACGAAUCGAUGAUGGAUACAAGUCCCAUUACGGAGAGGAAUCUGCUGAAUGGCAGGGAAAUGACCCCUUGUUCAGAACUGAGUGGGAAGUUGGACAGUUUAAGCCUGGGGUUUGGCUUUGGGACCAAUAAAGAUUUGGUGAGGGAGAACCCGUCCUCGAUGUUAACAAAAGGAGCGUUGACGCCAUCGAAGAUGCAAAGGCAUGAUGGAAGUCCAUUCAAAUCGUUUGGUAACAUUCAGAAACCGGUAAGUAUAUUUCUGAAAAGGGGGAAAGUUAGAAGUCUGAGAAAUGAUUCAUUAUCUUUUAGACUUGGCCAACUACUAUGGCCAGUCCCACAAGGAACAGCAACGCCUUUCCGAGUCCUCCAAAGUCAAUAUUUGGGAGUCCAAACAAAGCUCAGUCGGUGUUCUGUCCUCCAACUCAGCCCGGCGCAUACGGUAUUCCUCGUAAACGACUCGACUUUGGAACCUUGGCCAGCCAAACAAAUCGGCCUUCUGCGUUCUCCGUCCUAUCAGCACCAGAGUAUAACAACCGAUUGAGACCAGCCAGUAUCAGCACGCAUUCCUCCACCUCCACUCGACGUGAUCUCGCUCCCAAAUCAAACCGGGUUAGCCUCAGACAAGCGCUGAUUGGUGGACUUGCGGCGAUUGGCGGCAUCUCCUUGUUGAAGAUGGCCUUGGAGAUUGUUAAAUCUUAUUUUUAG